AUGGUUGGAGGUAGAAAUGAUCAGGAAAUUGCAGAUGCUCUCAAGGCUAUAGCUUAUGUGAUGGCGCAAGAAAAUAUAGCUUUGCAGGUGAAUCAAAAUCAACAUGGUAUAGUUGAUGAAUUCCAUGGGCUGGGAAAGUUUCAGAGGAACAAUCCGCCUACUUGGGUUCAAGAGAUUGAGAAGAUCUUCAGAGUGAUACCAUGCAUUGAUGCACAUAAGGUCUUGUUCGGGACAAUUAUGAUGUCCGAGGAGGCUGAGUAUAUGUGGGAGAAUGCCCGUAAAAAGUUGGAAGUUACAACUAAGUUUGAAGAGCUUUCAAGAUUUUAUCCUUUUUACAAUUAUGUGGAAGUUGAAGGGUCAAAGAUCUCCGAUGAAGAUAGUCAUGCCCGGUCUGCUCACUAUAAGAGUGUCACUGAGAAGAAGAGCAGAAAUCAGAAUCGCGGUAAACUUGAUGUGACUCCAAAUGAUAAGGGUAAAUUGAGUUACCAAGAGAAGGCUACAAGUGAAAAAGAAACAAGUGACGUGGGCACUCCUACUUCUCUAAAGUUUUUCAAAUAUAGAGAGAUAGGUCAUCAUGUUGCAAAGUGA